AUGGACACAUAUGGACGCCCCGAGCAAUUUAUAGGCUUUCAGUACUUUGUUUUGGAUGUGGAAGACUGGAGCGAGUGCGGGGAGGAGCUGGCAGGGAAGUGGGACCAGGCGUUUGAGUUCAUUGAGCAGGCCAAGGCAGAGCGGGGGAAGGUGUUUGUUCACUGCUUUGCAGGCAUCUCUCGGAGUACUGCCGUCUGCACGGCAUACCUUAUGGCCCGGCGGGGGCUCAGCUACGCGGACGCCAAGCGCCACGUGCGCAAAUUCCGGCGGAAAGCGAACCCUAACGCGGGCUUCGUGGCUCAGCUCAGGUUGCUAGAUGAACGACUUCAGGAAAGGACGAUUGAAAGCUUUCUGGAGGGCGGGGGGUUGGGGGACGGGGGCAAAGGAACGGUUGAGGACCUAGAGCGGGGCCAGACAGUGCAAUGGGCGCAAGAAGGGGGCUCGGAAGAGGUUGGCGCCGUGAGUGAGAGAGUGGCUGAAGAGCCGCAGAAGCCGGGGCUAGUUGUCGGGCCUUCCGCUGGGAGCAAUGGAAAUGGAACUGGUCCAGAGGGUCGAAAAGAGGGAGAGGUGCUCGAGGGAGAGCAGGAAAGGGCGGCUUUAAUAAGCGGAAGGGAAGAGAUGACAGAGGCGGGUUUCUUGAUUGUGGAAGCGCAAAAAGAGGCGACCGUGAGAAGGGAAGUGACGGCUUCGAUGUCGCCUACGAAGAGGCAGAUGAGUGGGGGCAAUGGGCGGUCUUCUCUAGUUGCACUGAAGCCUCGGUUUACCGGGCAAGCGGUUCGGACCGGCCUGGCUGGUCGGGGGGGCGUUCCGGCGUCGGAAUCAACGGAAUCCUAUGAUUCCCUCUGGCAAGGAAACGGUGACGGUCUGGAAGAUUUAGCAAGUGGUGAAUGCUUCGCAGACGAGAACGAGGUUCCGCUGGGGAACAAAUGGAAUGAGAUGCUGCACCCUGCCGAACGAAAAGGUUGCGCCAAAAGGUUGUUCGGGACAGAAGAGGAGGGACGUGGGGAGAGCGUUGAAGAGGAACGAACGUCAACGUUCUCUCUCUCUGCGGAUCGCGGCUCGAGGGCCCUCCUGUCUUGGCAGUCGGUGACGUCAGGCCGUCUUCUCGAGAGGGAAGAGGAGGAGCGGCAAAACAGGGAAACAAGCUAUCUAGGAGACGGCAUCGAUCUCGAUUCUGCGCGGGCAAUGACAACUACGAUGGAGAAUGAUGAGGGAGACCUCCCAAGUUCCACGGACGGUUCCUUUAGGGCUGCGUUAGGUGCUCUGCGGAGCGACGCAGAAGAUCAUGUAGUCGAGAAGAGGAUAGACGGGACUGGUACACGUGUCCACUUCGGAGUGGGGACACGUGACCAACAGAGAAGCGGUUUGGAGGCAUACUCUGCAGACAGCGCGCGCGUGCUUUUUCCGCUACUUCCAAAAGGGGAGUCUGCGGAAACGGACACGGGUCGUGGAGGAAGCGCCGCCCGGUUCGCGUUGCUCGAGGGCUUUGCGUGGGAGUUGGCAACUAUGGACUGGUUGGCCGGCGUUUGCUUCCGCGCACUUGGACUGGCGAGGAGCCACUGGUCCGUGCUUUGA